AUUGGUGAGUAGGCUGCCCGUGUUGCCCGAUUCCGAACUGAAAAAAUGACGGGCAGUCACUCCCCAUCCCCAGUUCUCUCUCUUCCCCUUCCUCCAUUUUUCUUCUGCUAUAUCUUUUCUUCCCUCUCCAGGUCUACUUGAUCACGAUCCGACGGUCCAAAAUAAAAGCUUAUCCUUUAGCUUGUUUUCUUUGCUUUUAGUGCUGCAAAAUCCUCAGAUCUACUGUGGCUUCCUUCCAACGCUUAUACUUUUCGCUUGUUUCCUUUGCUUUUAGCUCUGCGAAUCCGCAGAUCUACUCUCUCCGCCCUCUGAUCUCCGUUUCUCGCGCAUAUCUCGCGGUGGGAAUUCUUUUUUCUGUGCAGGUUUCUUUUAGAUUUAUCGUUGGCCGUAGUGUGAAACAGAGAAGCUGACCUUAGUUCAAUGGCGAUUACGGUUAGUCACGUCACGCUAACAUGCGCCGGUGAAACUCUAGCUAUCAUGUUCGUUUCGGCUCUCACCAAAACACACCUUUUGGCUCUGAACUCCUUUACGUUGCUGCUGGGCGACCACUCACAAAAACAGCCCAAGCCGAAGGACGCUGACGGGGAAGAUGACAAUGACGAUAAUGACAAUGGGGGUGAUGAGUUCGGAGAUGGUGAAGAGGAUCUGUCCUCGGAAGGUGGGGAAUACGGCAACAAUGGUAACAGCAACAAUAACAACCCGAAGAAGGGACCUGAAGGUGGCACAGGUGGGGCAGAACAGAAUGGAGAAGAUGACGAAGACGACGGCAGCGACGACGGAGAUGGUGAAGACCCGGAAGAUGACGACGACGAUGAUGAUGGAGGUGAAGAUGACGAAGAGGAUGUUGAAGGAGUGGAAAGCGAACAGGAGGAGGAAGAAGACGAGGAAGCUCUUCAGCCACCAAAGAAAAGGAAGAAGUAAAUUGGUGAUAGAUAAGUUGAAGCCUCCCUUUGUUAUAGGUAAACUUGUUCAUCUAACAUUAUAAUCUUUUAUUUAGGCAUCGAGGAGGCUGUUUAGGGUUAAUGUGUUUGCGCAUAUAUAUCACUUGCAUAAUUAGAGUAACUACUUGGAAUCAAUUGGAAAACAACGUGUAUGAUUCCUCCAGCCGUUAGUUCUCAUAAAAAAGUUGAUAGA